AUGCCAGUUUCUGUUAUAAAGAAAGUUCCUAUUGAAACAAUAGAAACUACGUACAACAAACCAAAGAUGAAAUUUUAUGAGCAUCAAGAUACCAUUCCUACUACAGCCAAGAUAUUAAAAAUAACAAAUGUAAACAACCCAUAUUGCAUGAGAGCUUAUGAAAUUGAAAAGCAUACAGAUAAACUUUGUAUGAUUGAGGAAAGAUUAUUGAGUUUUAUGAAAACAAAUGAAUUUUUAGAGACAAAAUCUAAUACAAAAGAUGCUAAAAUUGGUGAUAUGGUUCUUAUACAAGAUAGUAUUAAAGCUGAGAUAAAAUUACCAUCAUGUAUUUGUCAAGGUUUAAUAACUUGUAUUAAAAAGGAAUGUGAGAUACAUUAUAUAAUUCUUCUAGUGGAUCAUGGAAUUAGUAUUGGAUUAACUAGGGAUAAAUUUCAUAUACUUCCAAAAAAUUUUAUUCCUGAUAGAUAUUUAACAAAAACUGUUGGUGUAUAUGAAUUAUUGAAACUAGUUGAAACACACUCACAGCUUAAAGAAAAACGAUGGUACAUUUUAUACGCAAAAUUCUCGAAAAAUAGAGAAAAACGAAACACUGUAAUACGUAUCAGUAAAACUAAUUCUCAUACAAAAUUCUUUCUGAGUGAGAAGAUUUUAGUACAGAGCUCAAUAGACUGUGACAUUUUAAAUGAUAUUACAGACCUCAGAUAUCCCAAAGGAAUACAUCAGGGUUGGAAUGAGGUCUUGAAAUCUUCCAGGCCAAGAAAACUUCAGUCUUAUAUAUGGCCAGCUAUAAACAAUGGAUUAAACGUUGUUGCUAUUGGAUCAACACAGAGCGGUAAAACAACCGGAUGUGUAAUGGCUGUAUGCGGUCAAAUAGUUAUGCGUCUAAAUGAAAUACGUAGUGCAACUCAGCCGUUAGCAUUAAUUUUAUGUGCCUCGUCUUAUGAAGUAAUUUCCGUUCAAACUUUGUGCGAGUCGUUUCUACAGGCUUUUAACAAUAUAAGAUCUGUUGCUGCAUUUAAUGGCAAGUCGGAUAGAUCAGUAGCGGCAAUGAUAUACAAUGGCUGUCAAAUUUUAGUGACUACACCGCAAUUUCUAAUUCGAUUUUUAAAUAAAAAUAAAGGUAUAUUAUCAUUUGAUGGACUUUCUUAUUUAAUACUUGACAAUGCUGAUGUAAUUUUGGAUAAAUAUUACAAUGCGGUGGGAGAACUUUUCAAAAAACACAAGAUAAUCGAGAACCGUGAACCACAAGAGAACGAUAGACCAAUAUUGCAGAUAAUUGUAUCUGCAACAAACUGGACGUCUGAGAUUAAAAAAUUUGUACAUUUAGCGAUGUAUAAUCCAUAUAUAUGCAUCGCGUCAUUUAUAGAGGCUGUGGUUUUUAAAUCUGUAAAUAUAAAACUGUACCAUUUGACUACUGGAUACAAGAAUAAAAAAAUAUUCGAUCUACUGUCAAUGAAUGAGUACCUUACAAUGAGAACAGCGAUAGUAUGUACGAAUGCUGAAGAAGCUGAAAAUUUAAAUACCUUUUUAAUUUUGACAAAGAAAACUCUGCUAAUUCAUGAAAAAAUGCAUUCAUCUUCUAUACGAGCUUUACAAGAAAGUUGGAUAGCAUGUAUAUGUGGUUCCUAUCCAGUACUUAUAUGUACUGACUGCGUUUUGUCUGAUCUCAAUUUUACUAAUAUUCAGUGGUUGAUACAUUAUUCUGUAUUAUCAAAAUUCAAAAAUCAAUUCAAUUAUAGGUUUUCUUUACUUUUAGAUUCGUCUAAUUGUAAAGUUAGUAUUAUUUCUGACGAAAACAACAUUAUACAGUUAUUAAGUAUAGUAAGAGUACUACAGCGAAUGAACAUUGCAAUAAACCCGAAAGUAUUGGACUCCAUUGAGCAAAAGGCUGUUGAAUUAGAAAAGAAUAAGAAAGUAUAUGCUCUAUGUGAUAAUGUAAAAUCAUUUGGUUUUUGCCAAACACGAAAUGUUUGUGUAUUCAGACAUUGUGUCCUUCCUGAAAUCGAUACGCCAAUGACAAAUAUACAAAUAGGUGAUAAGGUGAAGUUGAUGGUGAUAUAUAUUCAUGAUACGACACAUUUUUCUGCAAGAAUUCUUGAACAUAUUCCACUUUUCGAUGAAUCGAAAAAAUUAACAUUUUCCAACAUAGAGUAUAUGCAAAAUACAGGUGAAAUACAAAGUUAUUACGGCAAUAUCGAAAACAGAAAAAUGUCUACCUCGACAAAUGUAGGUGAUAUCUGCGUUUUGGAAGAAACUAUCGAUACAUUUAAAAGAGUACAGAUCAUACGCAUCAGAUAUGACAGAAAAUAUUCUGAAACUGACAAUUUCGUAGAUGUAAGAUGUAUCGACAGUGGUAUUAUACAUGAAUACAUUAAUGUACGUAAACUAAUGCACGUCCCAAAAGAAUUAUUAAGUCUCCCAACACAUGUUGUCGAAAUAUUUUUAGCUAAUUUAGUCCCUUGGGAUGAAGAAUAUAAGUGGAAUCAUUAUACUAAUGAACAGGUGCACAAGUGGUUUUCAGAAAAUUUCGAUGAAAGGUCUUAUAUUAUCGGAGAAGUUCGCCUUCAUAUUGGAAAUACAAUAUGGUUAGAUGAUUUAAGAAUAGGAACAAAGUUAAUUGGUCAUCCUGAUUUAAUAGGAUCCUCUUUAAAAAAGAAAUUAUGCCAUGAGAAUUUUGCAGUUGUAAACAACAAUCAUUUAUCGAGUCUGUUAGAGCUUUACAGAAACAGCGGAAUGAUAGAAAUCAAUGGUCAUAACAUAAGUACUGCAAACAAAUAA